UUGAAUAUUUCUGCAGUUGCGCGCGGCACAAUAUUGUUACCGUUGGUGACGCUAUUUGUAAAGAAAGAAAGAAGGAUGGAGAACAUAUAAAAAGAGAGAUGGAGGAGAGCCUUACAUUUAGCCUCCACUUAUUUAAGCAAAUUUUAUUCGGUUAAAAGCUAACCUACGCGCGUAGCUAUUAUUUUAGUUUUGGAACACGGAGGGUAGACUAACGUUAGCUAGUCAACAUCACCCUAUGUGAUCUUCCUUCCCCGCCGCAUGCUGCUACAGUCAGAGCCAGACAACAAAAUAGCUAAUCGCCAUUAUAUGACCCAGUACCUAGCGUCAGUAUUGCCCUCCAUGUGGGUGAGAGGCUUGUGUGUGUCAGAUUAUGGCGAGAAAAACAGUUAACAGGAAAAGGAAGGCAGGGGAGUCCAAGGACCAACAACAGGUGGGCUGGUGCCAGUCUGCAUACAAGCGGGCACGCGUGUCUUCCUCGUCCCGGCAUGCCCAGCAGUGGUGGUGUAGUCUGCGCUCGGUGGUGUACGCACUCCAGGGCCGUGAGAUCCGGCCUCAGCAGCAGCAUGAGUGGCGUCUCCAGCGUAGCUUGCGGGGCUUUGCUGCCGGCCGCCUCCCGGGCAUCCUGAAGGAGCGGGAGUUCUCCCUGGGCCGCCUCAACAAGGUGUUCGCCUCGCAGUGGCUCAAUCACCGCCAGGUGGUGUGUGGAACCAAGUGCAAUACGCUAUUUGUGGCAGAUGUUCUGACAGGGAAGAUUACACGCAUCCCCAUGCUGAAGGACCGGCAGGGCCAAGGAGGUGGCUCCGGGGGUGUUGGGGGGACAAUAGGGGCCCCCUUCCUCGGAAGUGGCUCAGUGUCCGGGCUCGAUCAGCAAGGCUGUGGGAUCCACGCCAUCGAGCUUAACCCCUCAGGCACUCUACUGGCCACGGGCGGAGACAACCCCAACAGCCUGGCUGUCUACCGUCUGCCCACCCUGGACCCCGUCUGCGUGGGAGAUGAUGGCCAUAAUGACUGGAUCUUCUCCAUUGCAUGGAUCAGCGACAGCAUGGCGGUGUCUGGGUCCCGGGACGGUUCCAUGGGACUGUGGGAGGUGUCCGAGGGGGUGCUGAGCCAGGCUAUGAGACAGCAGGAUGAGGAGGGGGUUCCCUGCUACUCUCAUAUCUCCCACCGUGCCCUGGAGGACAUCCCCAAGGAAUACACUAACCCGUACAACUGCAAAGUGAGGGCCCUGGCCUUCAACAACAACCACAAGGAGCUUGGUGCAGUGUCCCUGGAUGGCUAUUUUCACCUUUGGAAGGCAGAGCAAAACUUGAGCAAGCUGCUGUCAACGAAGCUGCCUCACUGCAAAGAGAAUGUGUGUCUGGCGUAUGGUCAGGACUGGUCGGUGUACGCAGUGGGCUCUCAGGCCCAUGUGUCCUUCCUGGACCCCCGCCAGCCCACUCACAACAUCAAAUCAGUCAGUUCCCGGGAGAGAGGAAGCGAGGCAACACGAGGCAUCCGCUCUGUGAGUUUCUAUGAGCACAUAGUGACAGUGGGCACGGGACAGGGCUCCCUGCUGUUCUAUGAUAUUAGAGCCCAGAGGUUCUUGGAGGACCCUUCCAGCCCGGCCGGCGGGCUCCGGCAGCGCCCAGGAGAGGGCAUUCUUAAACUCACCACGGGGAAGGGCUGGCUGAAUCACGACGAGACGUGGAGGAGCUACUUCUCGGACAUUAACUCGUUCCCCAACGCUGUGUACACGCACUGCUACGACGAUUCUGGCACCAAGCUGUUUGUGGCCGGGGGACCUUUGUGCUCGGGCCUUCACGGCAACUACGCAGGACUCUGGAGCUAGCCUUCUCUCGUGUCUCGCCAUCUCUCCUUACCCCACCCCAGUCCCCCUCUUUGCUCCUCCUUUUGUUGUUACACUCACUGUCAUCACUUCAGUGUUGUCCCUCCCUCCCCUCACCAACAUGUAUCUUAUCACCAUCUCUUUGUUGCAUCCCUCCAUCCUCCCUUGCACUUUGUCCUGUCUUCUUUCAGUUCCCUAGUCUCUGCUCCCCUUUUGUUUUAUAUAUAUUGAUGAUUAACCAGUGAUGUUGUAGCGAGCUGGGAGGUCUGCCUCUGAGAAACUCAAAUGAAAGUGUAAUGUUUUAUUACAAUUUUCAACAGUCACAUACACUCCAUGGAUUGGACCGUUUUUUUUGUUUUUUUCUUCCCCUAAGGAAAGUUGUUUCCUUUGCUUGACAGUUUCCUUGCCUGGACAUUCGGGAGACUUUUCCCCUUCUCUUUCCAAAAAAAAAAGGGUGUGAUAAAAGAGGACAAUAAGUUCUUAAGGAUGGAACAAACAGGAGAAUACUUAUACUUUUCUAAGAAACUUAGAGAGGACAUGCUCAUUGGCUGGUACGGGGCCACCCUGUGCCAUGGCAACUAAAGAGCCGUAGCGAUGGGAAAACUAUCCAAUCAGACGUAAGGUGAGAAGAAGCAGUGGAUGAGUACAACCAAUCAGAUAGCCGGCCACUUCUUUUUUUGACUGAUGUGAAGGAGGGAUGACUGUAGAUUCUAAAUGCCACAUAGGUGUUCUGCUCUGAAUAAUCAUGGAGACUGCUUAUUUUAUUUAGAUUCUGACUGAUUUGAAAAACUUAGUUGUUGUUAUUGCUAUUAGCUUUAUUAUUUAUUUCCCCUCUCACGAUCACCCUUAGCUAUGGUCUUAGGCAGGGGUAUUCAACACCAGUCCCGUGCGGAACGCAGUGUCUUCUGGUUCUUCCCCCAGUUAGUGAUCUAACUGGGCCACGUGGAGUUGUUGGCCUUUUGCUGAGACAUUCCCAAUAGUAACGGGUCUGGGCCCGGUUUCCCCAAUGUAUCUUAAGGCUUGGUUCGUUGUUUGAACCUACGUAGGAGCAUUGUUAAAUGUCCGACCUGUUUCCCAAAACCAUCGUUACUGAAGUAGCACUGGAAAAGGGUAGUUAUUUAACGACCACUCAUAGAACAGCAAAGUGCGUCUUUUUAAAUGUUAUAGACAGAUCUCCGCUCAACACAAAAUCAAGAUGUUUAUCUGUCUUUCUGUUACCACUGAUAACUUCAGAACGAAUGUGACUACAAAUAUAAAGUUGCCAAUGUCUUUGCAAUUGUUACCAACAAGUGAAGGAUAUAAGAUUCUUCAAACGAAAACCGAGAUAUCUGAAUUAAAUGAUAAAUAUAUUAGGCUACAUAUAGACCUAUAUAUUGAAAUACAUUUCUUAUCAAUUGAGUUUAGCUAUUUAUAUGCUACUUUACAUUUUUUUGCCUCAAUAGAUUUAAUGUGUAGUCUACAUUAUAGCGCAAUGAUUUAAAUAAGUAUAUUAUUUUUGGUACCUUUACCCCUUUUUCUCCCCCAAUUUCAUGAUAUCCAAUUGGUAGUUAGUCUUGCCCCAUCGCUGCAACUCCCACUAGACCACUGCACCACUUGGGAGGCGCUCUCGCUUUAGACCACUGCACCACUUGGGAGGCGCAUGAUUUCAAAUUUUGAUUUAGUGCAUUAUAGGGUAAGCAUUAGAAUAAGCCACCUCAAUGUUUGUAGCCAUAGGUGAUCUCUAAUAGGAGCUCAUCCAUUGUCAGUAUUGUGGAAUAAUUUGAAUGGUAUGAUUUGAAAGGGAGAACGCUGAUCCGAGAACAGCGCUGUCUUUAUUUAGAUCAUAUCCGUAUCAACACAUGCCUCAACGACGCACUUGGCGAAUGUUCUCUGCUUGGUGUUUUGGGAAACUCAUGUUACAUCUUUGGCUGUUUUAUAGGAAAGCUGCAUCGUUAAAACAUUAUGUUACAUUGCUAUUGGGAAACCUGGCCCUGGACAAGUGCAUAGGGAUUAGGGGUUAGAGUUGAUUACUUCUAGAGGCACCAUCGUUUUUGUCAGUUGUUUCUAUACUUUGUUUUUGUAUGUUUCAAGGGAUGAGUGUAGCUUCUCUUUUCCUUGUGUGAAGGACAGGGUAGAUUUGAGUUAAUUUGUUGCCUUUCUCUAGUCUUUCUGUGAAAGACUGUUGCAUGCUGACAUUAUUUAGCUUUUUUACAUGGAACUUUUCUUAAGUGUUCAUGAUCAUGCGAGAACAAAAAACGAGACCCCAAUUAUGACUUUAAGUUGAACAAAUAAAUAACCAUCACUUUUAAAGAGUGUUUGAGAUAUAAAUGUGUGUGUGAAAUGCAUAGGGUCAAAUGCAUACAUUUUUAUGUAUAUGUUUGAGGAGGUGUGUGGACUGACCUUUGCCUUUACUUUGGUGGUGACCUAUUUUAUACACACCUCAUGAAUGUUUUUUUGUUUUUUUACAAAUGACUAAACCUGAGGAUAUUGUAUGAUAUCAACAGCCAAAACACCAUAUUACAUCUUCAAAGAAAGUAAUGAUACAAAUAAAGUAUAUUGAUGUAAUAUUUAUCUUAUUUCA